GUUGGCUGUUUGUCAGUACACGUCAAGGUUUGAUGCGAAUAUCAUCACAAAUUAAUUUCAUCGCAUCUGAAAAAGUGGCCACAAUUAGGAAAGUUAAGAUAAAUAUUUUACCACCACCACGGCAAUCAAGUCCCAUUUCCGGUGUGGUUUGUAUGUGUUUGUGAGUAGUGCGUUUCUCAAAAAAACAAAGAUGUAGUAGAAAUUAUGUCGUGAGAAUUUUAAUAAAAUAGAGAUCAUUUGCCUGAAUGGCAGUGUUAUUCAGUCAUUCAGCAUGAAACCUCUAAAAUUGAUUGCAUUAGGAACGCCGAAUAUCGAGAGGAGGUCCAAAGUUCUAAGAAGUUAUGUAAUUCUGGUGAUAUUCUAUUUUUUAAUUGAAUUUGCCACUCCUGAAAAACUUGGACGCCGAUCAGAAGUUGAUGACUUUCAAUCUACGGCUACCAAAUUGGCUUCGGUUCAGGAUACAGAAGAUGGAAUUAUUACUGAAUCGUCUCCCUCGCCACUGCCAGAACCACGACGUGGGAGCAAUAAAAAUAAUAAAAAGGCGAAAAAACCUUCAAACAUUGUCAAAAGUUAUCAUCAGAAUCGAGGAGAUUUUAGCGACGCCACAACGUCAUCUUCAUCGAAAGAGUUCCUCACACAACUUUUUACCAAAUGGAUGAGCUUUGGUCCCACCGAGAUGACUGCUUCGUCGUCGUCAUCCUACAUGGGAAAAUCACUUACGGGUUAUCAGAAAUAUAGGGUUAUCGAGUGGUUAUCCUCCAAGGUGAAGGAGUGGUGGUCACAGUACGAGUCGUCAACUGGGAGGACAUUUCUUCUUGCACCACUACUGACAGCAAUUCCCAUGAUGGCGGUGGAGAUACUUGCCAUCGGAAGUUUGGGAGUGUUUGCACCAGCCUUUAUGAUUUUGGCUGUUGUUUUAUUCCCACUACUUUUAAUUGGGUUUAUCAUCUUCAUUUAGAUGCAAUUUCAAAAAAGAUUCAAUUUUUUUAAAUUUUAUUUUUGUAAUCAACGAAAAUAAUAUUCUUUAUUAUUAAGUACUAUCAAAUUAUCAUAUUGUUAUUUAUACAGAGUAAAUUAUCACGAGACGUAUUUAACAUAUAAAGUUUUUUGUAUCAAUUCAAAAAUAA